CAGUUGUCAGAUGACAGUCACACUUCCUGAAAGUUAUAUUUUGUAAACAUUGCCAAAAUAUGAGCAUGACGAUGUCUUUAGAUUGAGUUAAAAUACAUGAAAGCAGCGAGCACAAUAUAACGAAAAUGGGUUUUCCUUGACGCACAUUUUUGUGCGUUUUAGCACACUGAUUUUCAAAGUGACCCUCAAAAUAAUUCUUAACGCGUCAUUGGUGGCGCAACUCAACUACUGGCCGAAAUUAUGGCGACUUGAAUUUCGUACCCAAUAUUGUAAUCUUACGAGCCAGAUGAUAUGGGGGCUUACAGCGUGUCAUUCCCUCGGGAUUUCAACUAUGGUCCAGAAGACGGGGAGGGAGAUAGUGCUGGAGCUGUACCAGAACACAAACCCAGGAUACUGCUUAUGGGUCUUAGACGGAGUGGUAAAUCCUCCAUACAGAAGGUAGUCUUUCAUAAGGUGUCACCAAAUGAGACACUCUUCCUAGAAAGUACAAGCAAAGUAGUCAAAGAAGAUGUGACCAAUUGUUCGUUUGUAGUUUUUCAAAUCUGGGAUUUGCCCGGACAUUUAGACUACUUUGACUCGACAUUUGACUCAGAGCAUAUCUUCGGAGGAUGUGGAGCUCUUAUAUUUGUUAUAGAUUCUCAGGAUGAUUAUAUGGAUGCAUUGGCCAAACUUCACUUCACAGUAUCACGAGCGUACAAAAUAAAUCCAAAAAUAAAGUUUGAAGUGUUUAUCCACAAAGUAGACGGUCUGUCCGAUGACCAUAAGAUAGAGACGCAGCGAGAUAUACAUCAGCGUGCCACAGAUGACCUUGUUGAUGCAGGAUUAGAUAAUUUACAUUUAAGCUUUUAUUUAACCAGUAUAUAUGACCACUCAAUAUUUGAAGCAUUUAGUAAAGUGAUACAGAAAUUAAUCCCACAGUUGCCAACACUAGAAAAUCUCCUAGACAUUUUCAUAUCAAAUUCAGGUAUAGAGAAAGCUUUUUUGUUUGAUGUGGUCAGUAAGAUAUACAUUGCUACAGACAGUUCUCCUGUUGACAUGCAAUCCUACGAGUUAUGCUGUGAUAUGAUAGAUGUUGUUCUCGACAUUUCAAUGAUUUAUGGUGAGGAAAACAGAGCUUCAAAUUCCGUUGCUGACAGUCUCAUCCCACCGCAACAUCGUGGAAAGUUUUGUAUAAGUCCGAUUAGUUUUGAUAGUGAUGACUCACUAAGUGAAGACGGAGAUUCUUCGUUCCCACCAGACAGAGUAAAAGAAGAGAGUGCCUUUAACACAGAAAGUUCAUCUGUUAUCAAACUGAACAAUGGUACAGUGAUGUACCUGAGAGAAGUCACCAAAUAUUUGGCUCUUGUAUGUAUACUUAGGGAGGACAGCUUCAAGAGGCAGGGUUUGAUAGACUACAACUUCUGGUGUUUUAGACAAGGUAUACAAGAUGUGUUUGAACUGCGGAAAAAACUUGGUCUCACGAACGGAGAGGUUGCUCCAAACGGCUUACCGGAUGCACCGAAAGAUACUCUAGCUGGAAAAUAGUGACCGGAUUUAUAUCUGAGAAAAUAAUUAGAAGAUAACUCAGUUCAGGGCUUCUGUGUGCCAUUGUCACCAAGUUAGGCAGGCCCUGACUGACAGAAGCUUUUCAAAAUUGGUGACAAAAAAAUUGAAUCAGAUGGUACAAGUUGUAAACAGUAGUGUAAAGAAUGGCAGUUUUUGUUUAAUGUGGUUACUUGGGUUUAUCAUUAAAGCCAGAAAAGUGGACACUAAAGUAACAGAGAGAUAUGAAAAUUGUCUUUGCCUUGAGUGUUUAAAUAAGAAAAGAGCCGGUUCUCCACUGUCAAGAGUUCAGGUAAAAACCUUCUGAAAAAAGUACCUGAGUGUGUCGGAUAUUAUCUAAAACCUUGCAAAAAUAGUAAAUUAGUGUACUGGAUACGAUAUAAAACCUUGUACAAAUGGUAAAUAAGAGUGUUGGAUACUUCUUAUUAAUAAGUGCAUAAAAAGAAAAAUGUCUGUGUAGUUAUCUGUUUGGGGUUUAAUAUGUCAUUGCUUGAAUAUACUGCUUAAAAAAAAAUGAGCUGAAUGUGUGGGCACUUUUUGCUAAUAGCCUGCCAUUUCACGAUGCGUGUUGUAGUAGUACCGCCUGGUUAUAUCUUUGAAUUUUAGAUUUUGUAGAUUUCUAAAAUUUCAUUUUUCACAUCCAAAAAAAAUGGUAUAUAUUUUUAUAGUUGUUACCCGCAUGUUUUUGCAUUUAUUGUGAGAUUUUAAGAUUUCCUAGUGCAACAUUACAGUUGAAAGAAGUGUGGUUUUCUAAUGCACUACAACACACGGCGUUUAUCCUGUUACACUUGUUUCAUAUAAAAAAGUUAUUCACUUGUCUAGAACAAGUUCUUACCUGGUACUUAUAUUGGGUAAGUUUAGUGAUAUCUGAUAAGUAAAUGAAAUACUUUUGAAAAGCAGUGUUAUACCCUUAUCAAACAUGGCAAUUUUAUAAACAUGUGAAAUGUUUUGUAAUUAGUUGAUUUCUUAUUUUUUUUUAUUAAGAUCAAUUUCAUUACCAAGACUAUACCUAAGAUAAUUCUUUAAAUAGUCUGUAAAGCUGUGCAAUAUUAUAUAUUAUAAGAUUUAUACUAAAGUUUUCUUUUAUACCAUAAUACCAGAAAUGAGCCGCACCAUGAGAAAAUCAAUGUACUGCAUUUGCAACCAGCAUGGAUCAAGACCAGCCUGCGCAUCCGCGCAGUCUGGUCAGGAUCCAUGUUGUUCACUUUCAAAGCCUAUUGCAAUUAGAGAAACCGUUAGCAAACAGCAUGGAUCCUGACGAGACUGUGUGGAUGCGCAGGCUGCUCUGGAUCCAUGCUGUUCCCCAAUGCAUUAUGUUGGUUUUCUCAUGGUGUGGCUCAUAUUUUCAUGUUUCUAAAAUUUUGUGAAACUUGCAGUCUGAUAACUUGAGGUUCACUUCUUCUGUUAGCAGUUAUUUUUCAAAAACAGGUGAUAAAAAUCUUAGGGUUUUUUUGCUUGGGCUAAUUUUUGGCAAAAUAAUUGGAUGACCUGAAAUUAGCAAAGAUUAAUUCUCACACUUCAUUUCUAAUUUAAGAAUAAUUUGAUAUAUUCUCAAAAUUUCAAAAUCACUGACAGAAGUCAUGCAUGCAUUUAUUGACUUUUCUUGUUGUUGGAUCAACAUAAUUGAGCCGUGCCAUGAAAAAACCAACAUAGUGGGUAUGCGACCAGCAUGGAUCCAGACCAGCCUGCGCAUCCGUGCAGUCUGGUCAGGCUUCAUACUGUUCACUUUUAGUUUCUCCAAUUCCAAUAGGCUUUAAAAGCGAACAGCAUGGAGCCUGACCAGACUGCGCGGAUGCGCAGGCUGGUCUGGAUCCAUGCUGGUCGCAUACCCACUAUGUUGGUUUUCUCAUGGUGCGGCUCAUAUUUAUUAACCUUUCUUCCAUGUAUGUUUUCAUUGAAUUUCCUGUUUAUUUAUUGCUUCUUUCAUAACUUUAAUGUAUAUGUGCUUCCUAAAUAUGCCAGUCACCAAAUGUUUCAUACGUGUCAAGUGGGAGAAACUGUGUGUAAUGUAUAUAAUGUUACUGAUAUGUCAAGAGAGAGAGAAACUAUAUGUGUUAAGUUUGUAGCUCAUUGCUGUAUUAAAUUGUUACCAUGAUUAUAUUCUUUGUUAAUGAGCACUGAAUUCUUUUUCUGAUCAUGAUAGAAAUUCAUGUAUAUAAAUUGAGAAUAACACAAUUUGUGUUAAAUCUUGCGUUAUGUAAAUGUGUAUAUAUUUAUAGUCUAAAUGCAUUUGCUCCAAUGAGGCUCUGCACCGCAGUAGUAUCUUACUUCCCUCAGAUUAUAUUGACCCCUUAGGUUGGGGCUUUGCACAGCUUCUAAGUCUCGAUUGUCUGAACUGUGCCACAAUGUCAUGUAUGAUAAUGUUAAUUAUGUCUCCCCCAGGAGACAUAUUGUUUUUGCCCUGUCCGUCCGUCCGUCCGUCCGUCCGUCACACUUCAUUUCCGAGCAAUAACUGGAGAACCAUUUGACCUAGAACCUUCAAACUUCAUAGGGUUGUAGGGCUGCUAGAGAAGACGACCCCUAUUGUUUUUGGGGUCACUCCAUCAAAGGUCAAGGUCACAGGGGCCUGAACAUUGAAAACCAUUUCCGAUCAAUAACUAGAGAACCACUUGACCCAGAAUGUUGAAACUUCAUAGGAUGAUUGGUCAUGAAGAGUAGAUGACCCCUAUUGAUUUUGGGGUCACUCCGUCAAAGUUCAAGGUCACAGGGGCCUGAACAUUGAAAACCAUUUCCGAUCAAUAACUAGAGAACCACUUGACCCAGAAUGUUGAAACUUCAUAGGAUGAUUGGUCAUGAAGAGUAAAUGACCCCUAUUGAUUUUGGGGUCACUCCGUCAAAGGUCAAGGUCACAGGGGCCUGAACAUUGAAAACCAUUUCCAAUCAAUAACUAGAGAACCACCUGACCCAGAAUGUUGAAACUUGAUAGGAUGAUUGGUCAUAAAGAGUAGAUGACUCUUAUUGAUUAUGGGAUUACUCCGUCAAAGGUCAAGGUCACAGGGGCCUGAACAUUGAAAACAAUUUCCGAUCAAUAACUAGAGAACCACUUAACCCAGAAUGUUGAAACUUAAUAGGAUGGUUGGUCAUAAAGAGUAGAUGACCCCUUAAGAUUUUGGGGUCACUCUGUGAAAGGUCAAGGUCACAGGGGCCCGCACAUUGAAAACCAUUUCCGGUCAGUAACUUGAGAACCACUUCACCCAGAAUGAUGAAACUUCGUAGGAUGAUUGGUCAUGCAGAGUAGAUGAACCCUAACGAUUUUAGGGUCACUCUGUUAAAAGUCAAGGCCACAGGGGCCUGAACAUGGAAAACCAUUUCCAAUCAAUAACUUGAGAACCUCUCGACCCAGAAUAUUGAAACUUCAUAGGAUGAUUGUUCAUGCAGAGUAAAUGACCCUUAUUGUUUUUGGGGUCACUCCGUUAAAGGUCAAGGUCACAGGGGCCUGAACAUUGAUAACCAGUUCCGAUCAAUAACUUGAGAACCACUUGACCCAGAAUGUUGAAACUUCAUAGGAUGAUUAAACAUGCAGAGUAGAUGACCCCUAUUGAUUUUGGGGUCAGUCUAUUAAAGGUCAAGGUCACAGUGGCCUGUUCAUGUAAAAUCAUUUUUUGGAAAUAACUUGAGAACCACUUGACCUACAAUGUUGAAACUUAAUAGGAUGAUUGGACAUGCAGAGUACAUGACCACUAUUUAUUUUGAGGUCACUUGAUCAAAGGUCAGGGUCACAGGAGCCUGAACAGUGACUUGAGAACCACUAGGCCACGAGUGUUGAAAUUUAGCAGGAUGACUGGACAUGCCAAGUAGAUGAUCCCUAUUGCAGCCAACCAUCAGUGUCUCUUUGACUUCCGCUCCUGACCCCUAUUGACUUCUUGCCUAUAGGACUUUGCAUUGGGGGAGACAUGCGCUUUUUUACAAAAGCAUUUUCUAGUUUUAUUUGAUUUCUCCCAUAAAAGGAUUGUGUUUUUUCCUUGACAUGAGAACAUUUCUGGCUCAAACAGCCAACAUUACUGGACAUUGCCCAUAGAUAGCAUGUAUUGUGGCAUUUUCUGCUCUAACCCAUAGAAAGAUAUCUGAGCUGGUCUUAUAGAAGAUCUCUCAUGUCAAACAAUUUAUUUAAUUCUGUUGUGACUUAAAACUCAGCCAAACUCUACAUUAAUGUAUAAAUAUGCAAGUUACGAGUUGCCUGAAAGAUUUUGUAAAUAUUGACUUCACUUACUGAAGAUGGAGGCGACAGUUAUGUGUUUACUUACGGAGGAUGUACUUUCAUUGCAGAUUUUGAGAUUUAUAAGUACACAAUACAAUAUUAAAAAAGUUUUGUCUAUAUUAACAUUAUAAGCAGACAAAAUAUUUCAUGAAUUGUGUUUUAUGAACAUGAUGGUACAUUAGUUCCUGAUAAACUCACUGUUGUUGGCUAAAGAACAUGUCAAAAUAAUUUUACAUGGAUAAAAUAUUAAGGUAGUCUUUAUUUAUCUUAGAUUAUAACAACACUAUAUUAUAAGUAUAUGAAACAUUAGCUUAUACAAGAUGUUUUCAGACAGAACAGGAUUAUCCUGUUAGAAUUCAAACAAGUGAUUUACCAUAUACUGGAUAAGACAUUAGAAUUAAGGUGAGUGAGAUGUUUUAAAGAAACUUACUUGCACAUUUUAGGCAAAAAAUAACUUCUUUCAAAAAUCCAUAAAAAGUGACUAAUCUGACACUGACUAGUGGUAUCGGUACAAACUUGGUGACACAAGAUUUUUCCAAGAUAUUCUUAUAAAGUUAUUGUGCAAAAGGUAGUAAACACCUAUGAAAUAAUGCAGAAAAUUCUUGCAUUUUUAGCUCACCUGUCACGAAGUGACAAGGUGAGCUAUUGUGACCGCUUGAUGUUCGUCGUCCGGCGUCAGUCGUCCGGCGUGCGUCGACAAUUUCUAAAAAAAUCUUGAAAACCACUGGGCAGAAUUACACCAAACUUCACAGGAAUGAUCCUUGGGUGGCCCCCUUUCAAAAUUAUUCAAAGAAUUGAAUUCCAUGCAGAACUCUGGUUGCCAUGGCAACCGAAAGGAAAAACGUUAAAAAUCUUCUUGUCCAAAACCACAGGCCCUAGGGCUUUGAUAUCUGGUGUGUAGCAUCAUCUAGUGGUCCUCUACCAAAAUUGUUCAAAUUAUUUAAUUGUUUAAUUAUAAUUAUCUGAUGACCCUAAGUAAUAUGAUGUCUCUUGACUGUGACCUUGACCUACUGACCUACUUUCUUGAUUUUUAAUAUACAGCCUUGAAAUUUUGAUGACAUACACAGUUUUGCACACAAAUCGUAAAACUGAAUUUCAUUGACCAUGAAUGUGACCUACUGACUUUCUUGAUAUUUUCUCAUCAGUUUGACAUUUGAAACAUGUAGCUCAUAUUACUCAGGUGAGCGAUCCAGGGUCAUCAUGACUCUCUUGUUACCAAUAUCUAACUUUAAUUUUCACUCACUUUACCAUUUUUUAGUGUCAUUAUACAUUCUGUGCCAAACUUUGUGGAAAUGAACAUGUUGAAAAUUUGCACCUAAACUAGGGGCGAGUAACUUUAAGACAAAAGGACCUCAAAGUACUGAAUCAACAUGCUAUAUAUACUUUUGAACCUGUGUUAGCUGUCACCUGUAUUAAGCAGCUGCUUGCCAUAAGCAUCCAGUCUGUUAAUCAGCCUGAAAAAAAGCAGCUAUUAUUAGUCAAUCCUUUAGCUGUUGUUUUAUACUUUAUUAAAUUAAUAGUGUAUAGUGAUAACUUAAAGAAUGUUCCACAGUUAGAAUAUAGAAGUACUUAAGUUCUUACAAAAUUAUCAAAUUUUGCUAAGAACUAUAUCAUUAUCACUCUUUCUACACUAGAUAUUUAUGGCUGUACUUGCCAAGAAGGUAAGAUUUUGAAAAGCAAUUGAAUAAGAAGGAAAGUGGUUUUAUAUGGAAGAUCAAAUUUUAAGAUCUUUCGUUUUCUUGUGAACAACAGAUGUUUCUUUGGUCACUAUGUAUAAUAGGUAUUGAAUUUGUGUAAUUAUUUUUUUUCAGAGUAUUUAUGUAAUAUAGAUGAGAAAAAAAAUAUUUCGACCAUUUUGGAUCUAUAUAAUGUAAAAUUAGAUAUUUUCACAGAAUACAAGUUCGCUGUAUUUGAAAUUUGUAGAUAGAAUAACUGCCAUAUAUAUCCAGCUUGUUAUACAUUAACCCUUACCCUGCUAAAUUUCUAUAAUGAACUUGUCCAUCUUUUAAUUUGGGCAGCACCACUUAUUUUUUAAAGAGGUGUUCACUGAAAAUGUACUGACUGAACAGCAAACAGUGCAGAUCAUGAUCAGCCGUCGCUUAAAGGCAGAAUAAUUUGCCGUUAGCAAGCUAAAGGUUAAAUACCAUUUAUAACUAGUAUAGCACUAGCAUGAAUAUUUAUUAUCCACAGUUAUCAAAUAAAGAAAAAAUCAAACCCCUUUCAAAAAUUCCUGAUUUUACAGUAAUGGCUUUUUAAGCGGCUGUAAACCUCAGUUUGCCAGUUACUGAAUUCCCGAUUUACAUUUUAAAGUGUAUACCAAUUUUAUAAAUAAGUAAUUAUACAUAUACAUAAUAGUUUUUCAGUCGAGUGGCUGAAAACUGAAUUGUUGCUAGAUGUAUUAGUAUUGUGUAUACAUUGUAAGCAAUUUCUGAGAUUACACAAGUCAUGUUCAUUCAGCACUGUCAUAUUGUUAUGUAUAUAGAUAUAUCAAUUUGUAAAUUGAAAUAAAACACUGAAAACAUUU